ACGUAUUUUGCCGUAACCUCGUUGCCCGGUCGAGUUUUAAAAAUUGUAUUUACGAUUAUUUCUCAAUAUUUAGAUCCAUUUUAUUCCGUUUGACGUGGUGGUAGCUUUGAACAGUGCCUCGCAGUUAUUUUUUCUGAUAGGAAACGGUGCUACGAUUCGAUUGUUUUAGAAGAAACAACGGUAGUUUAUUCAAGCGCAAUAAUAGAUUUGAACGAUUCAUUAGUUGCAUCAUUCUUUAUUGGAGGACUUAAUGUUCUGAUCGAUUCACCAACCAGCGGCGCUAUCGCAAGUGACAAGUAGUGCUUUCCGCAGCGAAAUUCGCGUGGCUCCAGCAGUCACUGGACGGCGCUUGUUUUGAGGAGACUCCCGUUGGGUUCACAUUUCAUUAAUCAAUCAGGAUUCUACCGAGAGUGUGUGUCUAUUUGAAUGGAAGCCAGUGGAAUUGUUUUCGAUUCUGGUUCUGCGGAACUAAAUGCUAAAAUUGUUGAAUGGUUGCAAUGGGAUAAGAAUGAAAAUUCGUCGAAUGAAAUAAAAUCGCUGGUCAAGGCACAGCAAUGGAAAAUCCUCAGCGGACGAUUGUUGAAACGGCUUGCAUUCGGAACGGCGGGGCUGCGCGGAGUUAUGCAAGCCGGUUUCAAUGCCAUGAACGACCUGGUGGUGAUACAAUCUGCUCAAGGAUUGUGCCAAUACAUUCGGGAGUGCUAUCCGUCGGAGGCGGACCAACAACGUGGGAUCGUGCUGGGUUUCGACGGUCGACACAACAGUCGGAGAUUUGCCGAGCUCAGUGCUUGCGUUUUCCUCACUGCGGGUAUUCCGGUGCAGUUGUACAGCCGGACUGUCGCUACACCUUUUGUCCCGUUUGCUGUACAGGAGCUGAAGUGCUUGGCUGGUGUCAUGGUUACGGCUUCACACAACCCGAAGGAGGACAAUGGCUAUAAAGUAUAUUGGACCAACAGUGCGCAAAUCAUUUCGCCGCACGAUAAAAACAUCCAAGCGCAUAUACUGCGCAAUUUGGUUCCCUUGGAGUCAUCUUGGAACCUGGACCUACUUAAAUCGGAAAAAUUGAAGGAUCCAUUUGACGAUAUGUUCAAACUAUAUUUUGAAAAGCUAGAAAAUAACAUUCCGAAAAGCUUUAUCGCCGAUUACAAUCGCAAAAGUGCACAACGGUUUGUGUAUACGGCUAUGCACGGUGUGGGUUUCCCCUUUGUAGAGCGUGGCUUUGAAAUUGCAGGACUGCAGCCAGUAACGGCCGUGAAGGAGCAGCGAGAUCCGGACCCGGAGUUUCCAACCGUUAAAUUUCCCAAUCCCGAAGAAGGAAAAUCAAGCUUGGUUCUGUCGAUAAAGCUGGCCAAUGAAACGGGCUGUGAUGUGAUACUGGCCAAUGAUCCUGAUGCCGACCGGUUGGCAUGUGCCGAAAAGGAUGCUAGUACUGGCGAAUGGCGAGUAUUUACGGGUAAUGAAUUGGGUGCAUUACUCGGUUGGUGGUCAAUACGUUGCUACCGUGAGCAAUAUCCGGACGCAAGCUUAGCUGACUGUUAUCUUCUAGCGAGCACGGUUAGUUCCAAAAUGUGCCGAUCUAUAGCGAAGAUCGACGGUCUAAACUUCGAAGAAACAUUGACAGGUUUCAAAUGGAUGGGCAACAAAUCAGUGGAACUGAUGAAGGAAGGAAAAACCGUAUUAUUUGCGUACGAGGAAGCUAUAGGUUUCAUGUGCACCCCUACAGUACUAGACAAAGAUGGUGUCAGUGCGGCGUGUCAGCUGGCGACAAUGGUUUGCUAUCUGAAAGCCACUUCCAAUCAAUCUCUCGCAGAUAAACUGAACGAAUUGUACGACAUCUACGGUUAUCAUUGCACUAUCACGUCGUAUCAUUUUUGCUAUGAACCGGUGACGAUUGAACGCAUCUUCAAUCGCAUACGAACGAUGGAUUGUGAAACCGGAGGCCAUCCGAAAGCAGUUGGUGCCGGCGGAAAGUAUGCCAUAGAAUCGGUUCGAGAUCUUACCACUGGAUAUGACUCUGCCCAGCCAGACGGAAAAGCUUUACUGCCUUCUAGCAAAAGUUCCCAGAUGAUAACUUUCUCGUUUGAAAAUGGUGCAGUCAUUACGUUGCGCACAAGCGGAACAGAGCCGAAAAUUAAAUAUUACGCUGAGAUGUGUGCCAAACCGGGGCAAAGAGACUGGAACGCAUCACGCUCCACGCUGCGUGACAUGGUAAACUGCAUAGUCGAGGAACUGCUGGAGCCGACCAAAAACAAUCUUACACCCCGUUCGGAGUAAAACACAGCAGUUCUGCACAGGGAAAUUUUCACAAACAGUAAAUCUCUAACAAUACAGUACCAUCUAUAUAUAUUUUACCGUUGUGCUCUCUGACCAAUGUUGAAUCUCUGCGAAUGGCAGCGUUCGAAUUUGUGUUUCUACUAUUAUACAUUUAUUCCAUGUAUCUACCAGUUACCGGUUAAGGAUAAAAAUCCCGUCGAGCACAAUAUGCAAUGACAAUUCUGGCUGACAUACUAUGCAAUUAUCUCACAGCAAUUUAGUACCUAGUGGUUCACACGUUUGAUCUAACAGUUAGAAUACUGAAAAUCGUACUACUUUAUCAAAUAGCUCAGCUAAGCAGUAUGACUUUCUACGAGCUAGAAAAUGGUAGAUAAUUGAAUAGUUUUUUUUGUUUCUCUAAACUAUAAUUCUAAUAGUCCUGCUAUGAGAAUGAAAGCAUCACGGUCGAUAAAGUUCUAGCAACAUUCAAUAGUUCCCAUGAAUUGUUCUUUUUAGCGACAGUACAUUUUCCCAGUGCAUUUUAAAUCUUUUACAACAGUUGAGUUACAUGGUGUGUUUCACACUGGGCUAUAUUCAAUACUACUUUAUAGGCUUAUGAUUUUAACCAGUAAUAAGAAAACGCGUUUAAGCUACUGCUACAUAUUGGAGUAGAUUGAUAUGAUAAAUAAACUGAAGGUCAUGCGACUGACUGGAACCGGUUCAAUGGUGUUAUAUUUUGCGUAGCAAAAAAUAUCAAAGGAUAUGUGGGACAAUCAGGUGGUGUUUUUUCGCAUCUGGAGCGCGGUCGAAAACUUUUUUUUUCAUUACCACCUGUUUGAUUAGUUUCAGCUCCCAGUAAUUAUUGUCGUUGUUCGCGAUCAUACCUAUUUCCAAUAAAAUAAUUCAAAAGAUAAAUAAUGACUGAGUCUCCAUCAAUUUCAAUGCAAUGGAGUUCGCAGUAGUUUGUUCGAAUUCUUUAACACGUGAAUA